AUGGAUACUAUUUCUGACAAUUCUCUAUCUUAAUCAUAUAUAAAAGAUGCAUCAAUAUAAUUGAAAACAAACAAUGAGAAUAAUUAAGAAAAUUAAGAAGCUACUUAUUUAAAGAGGAAAGUAAAAGCAAUCUAGAAUUUUUGCGAAAAAUACUCUGUUUUUUUACAUUUUUUAUUGGGAAUAGAUUUAAAGAAACAUGAGCUUGAAAUGCUUGAAUAAAUGUGGGGAAAUUUUAGUAGUGAAACAUAAGAAACUUAGCUUCCUGAUGCAAUAAUAAAGUAUUAUAAUUAAAAAAUUUAUAUAGAUUUCCAAAUCCUGAUUAUGGAUCAUCAAAUUCACAUUCAAUAUCUGGAAUAGAAGGUUUUGAAUUAAUAAAAACAUUAGUAAAAUUUAAUAAAGGUAGUAUAGAGGAGAAAAUAUUAUUAAAAGCAUGUGAAGGUGUUUUAUAAGUUUUGGAUAAUUCAAAAGAAAAUACAAAACAUUCUCGUAGAAAAUUGUUUAGAUAGAAAGUUAGAAGAGAAAACUAAUUUAUUUAAUUUGAAAACACAGAAGAAUCAAAAAGAUUUGAGACUAGUGCUACUAUUAAUGAAGAAGAUCAAAGUGAAAAAUUUAAGGAUAAACUUAUUUUAAAACUAAAUAAUAAAUUAACUGGUAGUUGGUAAUUUGGUUCAGAUUAGAAUUAAAUCAAUGAAGCCUUUGAAAUAGAUUAUAAGUUGUUGAAAUUCUUACCAAACAAAAAAUUAAAUAAAGGAGGAUAUCUUAUAAAAUAUGAUAAAAAAUGGCAGAGAACGAAAAAAGAUACAAAAGAUUUUUCUACUUUAGUAAGAAACCUUAUAUGUUUAGUAUUAUGUAGAUAGGGAUAUUUUACACAACAAUUUCUUUCAAAAAAUGGAAAAUAUAUAUUUUGUUCUUUAUUUGCAACAGAGGAAAGUUUAAAAAUAUAAGCAGAAAAUUAAGGUCUUUUCAAACUACUAAAUAUAUAAUUUAUUGAUUUAUUUUCUUUUGAACCACUUGAUAAAAGUUUUAGACCUCUUAGAUUAAAUAAUAGAUUAUGGAAACCUUAAAAUUAUAAAAAUUUAUCAUAGAUGUUUAUGUAUCUAAGACCAAUAUUGAUAUAAUUAAUAUAAGAAAUUGAUUUCAAAAGAAUAGCAAGAGAAGUUAAUUAAAGUGGAAUUAAUUAGAAAUUAUUUAAUUAUGGAUUAGAUUUGUAUGAUGAUUAAGAUAGUCCUACAGAUUUAGAAUGGGUAGCAUUUUAUUAUUAUUUAACUCAUUUACAUGAAUAAUUAGAUAUUGCUAGAAAAAGCUUUAAAAUUGAUAAUGAUGUAGCAGCUUUAAUAAAUAAAUAAAUAUCAGCAUUAGAUUUAUAUUUAAGACGUGCUAAAUCAAAUAGUUUGAAUGAAUUAGAUUUAGAUAUAAAAAUAUCAAAAACAUUCUAUUAAGAUUUAGAAGCUAUAAAAACAAAAAAAAUUGAUAAAUUUUAAAAAGAUGCUUCAAAUAUGAUUGAAGAAUAUAAAAAUAUUUUCAAUUUAACUACUGUUCCUUAUACAAAACUUAUUAAAGUGUUAAAAAAAGAAUAAUUGGCUAAAAAAUAUUUAGAAAUAUUUAAAGAAUCUCUAAAAGUAGCAAAUAAUGAAAAGAAAUAUUUAAAAUGUUUAUGGGAUUUAGUUAAAUUAUAAGAACCUUUAAAUAUGAAAACUAAGUAUUCCAACCCUUAAACAGAUCGUUCAUUGCAUCACAAACAUUGUUAAUUGAUGUGUUGGAAAAAAUAUUAAUUAAAUUAAGGAGAAAAAGUAACUAUAUUUUAAUCAUCUGAAAGAUUGAGAUUAGCAUAUUUAAAUAUUUUUUAAAGUUUUGAUAUAACUUUACUAUAUUAAAAAAAUCUAAUCAAAUAAUUAUUUUGCUUGCAUGAUAAUUUUGAACUAUUUGGUCUAUAUUAUUCAUCCUAUGAUAAUUUAUCUAGAAAUAGAGAAUAAUUUUAUUAAGAAAAAUUAUUUGAUAUUGGAACUUAAUUAAAAUUUCAUUUAUUAUUACCAAUGAAAAUGAAAUUUGAUUUAUUAUGUUAAUAUUUUGGAGAGUCUGUUGGAACCUACUUUUAUUUUUUAUGUUUCUUUUCUUAAAUGUUACUAUAUUAAAAUUGUUUAGGCUUAACCUAUUACAUGAUUUAAAUACCAAAUGAUUUAUAAUAAUACUUAAGUAUUUUAGAAAUUAUAUAUCUUGUUUGCUAAUUAUAAAUAACAUCAUUGUAUACAGCAAAAUGGGAAUAACAGUUAAAGAUCUUUAAUUAAUCUUUUGGUGUUAAUAGUUAAGAAGAUAUUGAUACAACAUCAUAUAAAUCAAUUGGAGAACCCAAAAGAUCUCUAAUAAAUGAUCAAAUGAAUGUACCAUAAAUAAAUGAAUUAGAUUAAAUAUUUAGAGAAUGUAUUUCUAUGAUAAUUUUUGUCUUACUUUAGUUACUAUGUUCUGUGUUAUUUGUAGCUCUCUAUUUUUUAUGUGUAUGGUUUCAAUCCUUAUUUAAAUAAACUACAAAUUAAAGUAAUUUUGAAAUAAUAGUUAUUGCUACUUUACAUCUGAUUCUUAAUAAAUUGUAUACAUUUCAUGCAUAAAAAGCUAUCUAACAUUUAGUUGAUUUUGAAUAACUACGUACUAUUUAAGCAUUAAAAUAGAGUUAUAAUUUAAAAUUAUAUUCUUUUUCAAUCACCCAAUAAUUAGGGCCUCUUUUGAUUUUAAGAUUCUUUAAUCACUCUUUUUAAUUAGUCUGCUCAAAUGAUUCUUGUGAAUAAUAUAUUGGUUAUUACUUUCUUACUUAUAUAAUAAUAAAAAGUGUUGAAAAAUUAUGUGUUUUUCUAUUUAACUUUUACUCUUUGAGAAGAUAACCACUAUUUAUUUACAAAUUUUAAUAAGAAGAUAUCAAUCAGUAUAUUGAAGUUUAAUCAAAGAAACCUUCAAAUAUAAAAGAUCAAUAUUUUAAUUGUAUAGAGGAAAACCUUUAAUAAAAUAUGGUAGAAUUAACAAUUUUAACAUAUUUUGCAUAUAUAUAUCCAAUAACAUAUUUUAUGUAAUGGCUUUUAUUUGUAGUUUAGAUUUAUGCAGACAAAGCAUAAUAUUUAUAUUAUUAUUAAAGACCUUGGCCUUCAAUAGAUUGUUUUGUUAAAGUUUGGAAUAAUAUUCUAAAAUAUAUUAUAUUAUCAAGCAUUAUAAUAUCUAGUUAUGGACUAUCAAAUAGCCUUAUUUUUGAGAAAAGAAGUUAAAUAUUUAUUUUUGUUUCAUUUAUGCUUCUUAGUUUUACGCUUAAUUUUAUAUAUCAAGUUUGGUAUUCAGAAACACCACACUUUUUGUAAAAAUUAACUUUACGAUAAAAAUAUUUAGUUAAAUCAACAUUGGAGAAAUUUAAAAAGAAAAAUAAAACUACUGAUUAUGUAGAUAAUAAAAAUUUAAAAAGAAUGCCAAUUUAUAAAUUUUAUGGAUUAAAAAUAUAAGAAUAAGAUGAAGAAUUUGAAACUAUGAGUUCAGAUAGUGAUUUAGAUAAAUAUUAUAUAAGAAAAGAAGUUAUGGAAGCACCUAUAUUAUAAGAUACAGAAUAAAUUACAUCAAAACCAAAAUUGAAAAAUAGAGUGAGAAAAGCACCUAUUUUUGUUAGAUCCUCAAGUUUUUAUGAAAAAUUUAUUAUUCAAAAAAAAAAAAAAAUAACCAACUAAGAGAAAAUUUAAAAAAUGUUCCAUUAAGUUGAUUUAUUACUUAAUUAUCAUAAAUCUUGGACAGACUUAAGAUUUCUUUAAAGAAAUUAUUAUUUUCCAAGAAAAAAAUAGAUAAUUAAGAAUUUUGAUAUAGUAAGAUAUAAAAUUAUAUAAUAAAGUUUAAAAACAUAAAAAUCUUAAGCAAAAUUGUAUAUUCAUAAUUUUUACAGAAAAAAAAUAGCAAAAUUAAAAGAUUCUAAAGAGGAACAUGAUAUUAAAGAGUUGAAAGGACUAAAGGAAAAAAUGAGGAAAUAUUAUAAUAAGCAUAAAUGGUUAAAUGCAUAAAAAUUUAUAUUCAUAAAAAUAAAAAAAGCAGUAUGGUUUAAUCGAUUUCGUAAGACUUCAAUUAAAUUAAAUUCAAAAAUAUUAAUCUCAGUAUUUUUAAAAAGAUUAUCUGCAAAAUAAUUACCUGGAGAGGAAUCAAAUUUUGAAUAGUUUGAAAAAAAUAAUAAAGGCUUUGAAUUUAAGGAAGUUUCUUUAUAAAGCAUAAUAAAUUUUAGUCAAUAAUAUACUUAAAAGUAACAUUUUUGAUUAUUUAUAGCAAUGUUAAAUUGAUUCCUUUAUCAGCAGGGCAUACAAAUCUAAAAUAUUAUUCUGCAUCAUAUAAAAAGUCAAGUACUUUUAAGGAUAUUAUUGAAAAAGUUAGAGAUACAUAUAUAUUUGAUACCUAAAAACUUAUAUUGUAAUAAAUAAUGAUGGAAUAUUUUGAGGAAGAAAUGUUUCCUAUGCCUGAAAUAAAUUUUAUAAAAUAAUUUAAUGAAACAAUGUGGUUGGCAAAUAUUAAUGAAAAAAAAUAACCAUAAUUAAUAUAAUUUCUAUAAUUAAAACAUGGUUAAAAAUUAAAAUAUUUAUAAUCAAUAAAUGAUGAUAGAGGAGUAAGUUAUAUUUAAGGUGAAUGUUACACUAGAUUAUCUAAUCAUAUUGAUAAAAUUGAUGAUUUUUAUGUAAAAGGAUAUUGUUUAAUUAUUUAUUAAUAAUCUCCAAUAACAACUUUAGAAAAUGUGAUUAAAUAUCGAAAGAAAUAUCAUUUACAUUAUAGUUAAGAUGAAAUUUUAUCAUUCUUUUAUGAUAAUUUACUUUUACUUCUAAGAGAAUAACAUGGUGAUAUUUCAACUAAAAAUUAUCUAUUAGAUAAUAAAUGCUAUUACUUAGGAAAUUCUAUUAAGCCAGAUACAGAUAAUGAUAUAUUUUGUUUAGCAAAAGUUCUUAUUUCUAUGAUAACUCUAACACCAUUUAAAAAUUCAUUAAAUUCAUUAGCUGAUAUGGAAAAACAUGAAUUAUACGAUGUGAUUAUUAAAAUGUUAAAUGGUAGUUGUAAUCUAAGUGAACUUUUAUCAUUUGUAAAGUAUUAAGAUAAAUUUUAAGAAACAUUCAUUGUAGAAAGAUAAGAAAUAAAUGAAAAUUUGCAGUGUGAUUUUUCAGAAUAUUUAUAAUUAACACUUCAUAGAGGAAACUUUUCAUUAAGAAUGAAAUAAUUUGAAAAAGGCUUGUUUUAUAUACAUUAAUUUGAAUCAAUUUUACAUAGAUAAAUAUAUAAAUGUGGAAAUAAUGCUUCAGAAGCCUUUUAAGGUUAUAUCAUUAAUAAUUUUAUGAAAUAUUCAAUAAAUCAUUAAGAAAUGGAAGAAAUAGUAUAAGUAACAAUGGUUUUUUUUAUAAAAUUUUGUAUUUAAAUGUAAACUAAAAGUAAAAAUCUUAAUCAGACAAUAUAAAACACAAAUAAUAUGAUGGGUAAUUCAAAACAUACUAAUCAAUUUAGUUAAUAAUUUGAAUUAAUUUAGAAUUGUUUAGCAGAUCUAAUUAAGAAUUUAGAUCUUGUUCUUAUAUAAUUAUAAAUUAAUAUUAAUUUAGAAUAAAUAACAAAAUAAGAAGCUUAAGCAUUAUUUGGAAUAACAAAGAAUUAAGCUGGAAAUGUGAUUAAAUUUAAACAUCAUGAAAGAAUUUAAUUAAUUAAUUAAUUAAGAUAAAAUAAGAAACUUAUAGAAAAUCUAUUUUAAUUUCGAAAAACUAUUAGAAGAUUUUAAAAUUAAUUUAAUGCACUUAAUUGUUUAGGGCAUUAUUUUAAAAUGGAAAUGCCAAUUGCAGCUAAAUAAAUAGAUGAUUGUAUUGAAAUUUAAAUGGAACUUAUUAGAUCAAAGAAUUAGUUAGAAUUAACAAAAGAAUUAAAAGAUUUAAGUCCAGAUCUUUAUAAUUAUAAUUAAAUGUCACCAAAAGAAAAUAAAAUUGAUGCAUUUACAUUUUAAAUUAAUUUUUCAAUGAGUUAAUUUUGUUAAGAUGAUCCAACGUAUUUUCAUUAACUUCUUUAUUAUAAUUAUUUAUAGAUAGAAAUAUGGCAUGAUUCAGAAAAUGAUAUUUAUGAAAGAAAAGCUAGAAGUUUCUUACUUAUGGGAAUUGAGAAUUCACCAACAUAUGAAUAUUUUUGUAGUUAUCUAAAAAGUAUUAUUUUUGAUGAGAUUCCUAUAAUUUAUAUAAGAAAAGAAUAAGAAUGUGAAAUUGGUAAGUUUGAAUGUGUAAAAUUAUAAAAAUGGAUAGAAUAAACAUAUUCAUAUUAAUCAGAAUAUAUUCUAUCUAAUGAUUUUUAAUAUAAAUGGAAAUAAGUUAUGACUUAUAGUAAUCUUAAUUAAAAUAUACACAAUAAAUAAAUUUUGCAUGAAUAAUUAAAGAUUAAUCCAAAUGAUUUAAGAGUCUAACUUUAUUUAAUAAGAAUUAUAUAAUAAAUUUUACAUUUAGAUUGUUACUUUCCAUUAAAUUAUAAGAUACAACAAUUAAAAUUUUAAAUAGAUAAUGUUGAUAGAGAAAUCUAUCAAAAUUCUUAUAUAUCAUAAUUAUAAUAUUUACAUCAUUAAAUAACAAUACCUUUUUAUUCAUGGUUUCAUAGUAACGGUUUAUUAUAAUUCAGAUUGUAUCAUAUCUAAAGUAUUUUGUUUGCAUUUUCUCCUAAAAAUAUAGAAAAUCUAGAAAAUAAUGAAUUUUCAUUAAGAGAACUAUCUAAAAAUGCAGUUAAUGUAUUAAAUUUGUAAAAGGAUAAUAGAGACAUAUUAAUGAAAAUUAAAUAAAUAUUAUUAGAAGAUUCUCUCCUUUUAAUUGAUGUAAAUCUAAAGAAAUCAUAACUAUUUUAAAUUCUUUAUUCAUAUUUACUAAUUAAAAUCCAUCAAAAUUAAGAUUUAGGCUAAACAUUGAUCCAAAUACAAAAAGAAUAAUCAAUUAACAUCCAACCAUCAAUUAUUAUGUUAAUGAUAUUACAAAUUUUACUUUAAUCCUAAUAAUAUGAUCAAAUGGAAUUUUUAAUAUAAUUUUGUAAAAAAUCCAUAAUCACAAAAUCAAUAUUAUUUUUAUAAAUGCAUGAAAAUUUUGAAAAUGAUUUAAAUAUUAUCGCAUUGUAUAUACCAAAUAAAAAAAUAGAUUUAAAUUUUAUAUAACCUUAUGAUUCCUUAUACUAAAGGUCUUCUAGUGUUAAGUUUUAUGAUGAUAUCAAUAUUUAUUCAAGACAUCUUAUACAUCAUUUCUUUUACAUUUAGAAUUUUCAUGAAGUCAUAGAAUACUUUGAAGAUAAUUUAAAUUAAAUAGAAAAUAACAGAGAAUUAAAUCAUUUGAAAUAAUUAUAUGAAAAUUUCUUAAUAUACAUAAAAGUUUCUAUAGGAAUUACCAAAUAAGAAAAAGCACAAGAUUUCAUUUUAAGUAUUCAUUCGUAAAUUUUAGAUGAUACUAAUACAUUAAUAGCAGCAAUAAAUAAACAUCUUAUGAUUAGAAUUUAUAUAAAUUAAAAAGAAUAUCAUGUUGCUUUACAAUAUUCUUACCAAGUUCUUUAAUUUUUUUAUGCUUAUGAAAAUAGUAAAUAAAUUACACUAGAAGGAGAUUUUUAGAAUAAGCAUUUCAAAAAGCUCUCUAAAUUUCAAUAAAUUUUAUCCAAUUUUUUACCUAAAGACUAAACUCGAAAAACUUAGAUUAAUUAAUAGUCAAGUGAUGUUUAUUAUUGUCAUUUAAUUGAUGAUGAGUUUAUUUGUGAAAUAAUUUUGAAUCAUGUUGAUAUUUUAAUCAACAUAAAUUAAUUUAAGUUUUCUUUUUUUUAAGUAUUAAAUUUAUUGGAUAAAACAUAGAACCAAUACUAAAUUGCUUAUUUAUAUAAACUAUUAUCCUUAAUAUUUAUGGUGAAUAUAAAUUUAGAAAAAUAAUCAAUUAUUCAAUAUGAUUAAUAAAUAAUGAAUGAAGCAAAAGAAACUAUAAGAGAAAGAAAACUUUUAAUAAAUUGUUACUAAUCUUUCAAGCAUCAACAUUCUUAAUAAGAAAUUAUAGCUUAUAACUAAUAGUUGGCAAAAUUAACAUUUAAAUAAAUAGUAUACUAAAAAUUUGCAAAAAAACCUGUAAGAGAAGAAAUCUUUUUUUUAGUUUAAUUAUCUGCUGAAAAAUCUUUAGAAUUUUUUUAAAUACUUUCCCAAUAAUAAAAAAUAACUAACCAUAUAUUUUAUAUAAAUAUAUAUCUUAUAUUAGCAGAAUGCCAUUUACAAUAGUUUAAUUUUACUUAAGCUCUCGCAAAUAUUGAUUCUGCAGAAGAACAUACUAUUGAAAUUUAUGGUAAAGCAUGCCAUCCUUAAAUAGGUUUCUUACUUUUAUCAAGAGUAUUAUUUAGAAAAAAACAAUAAGAAUUAUAAAUCUAAAUUAUAAAAGAACUUAAAUCACAAAACUUUUUUGAUAUUAGCUAAAUUAAGACAAUAGCUCUUUUAUUAAUAUAAGAAAACAAAACAGUAACCUAUUGGAUAGAUAUUUAUCAAAAAAAUAGAGAUCUUUAGACAUUUUUAAAGAAUGUAAAAGAUGUUAUAAAAUUAAAUUAAAAUUUUUGCGAUAGUUUUCUUUUUUCUGAUGAUAGUUGUUCAAUAGAAGAUAUCUUUAGGGAAAUAACGAGAUUAUUUCCAUCUCUAAAUUAUAUUUCUGCACAAAGUUAUUUAAGUGUAAGAUAAUAUAUCUAAAUUAGGCUUCCCAUCAUUUUAUAUAUUUAGACGAUAAUAAUCAAUAUAGACUAUAAAUCAAUUAAUUACUUAACAGUCAUGCUUGA